GUUGAUUUGAAUUUGAUUUUCAUACGUAAUUCAACUAACAUAACUCCCCACUGACAGCCAAAAUGAAUUCAAAAUUUGUGAUGAUUUUUAUUCUUUCAGCGAUAUGUGUUUUAUCGGUGAAAAGUGAGGAAGGAAAAAUGUGUCCUUUCCUUGCUGCUUGUUUGAAAGAAACGGACGGAAAGGUAAAACCAGAAGAUUUGAAAGCACUGAAGGAUGCCACAUUAGAAAACCUAGACGACAUAUCAGAGGAUGUUUUGUGCGUUUCAAAAUGCGCACUGGAAAAGAGAAAAGUGCUCGUGGAUGACAAAAUUGAUGUAGACAAAAUGAUGACGGACAAGAUGCUGAUGGAAAAUAUCCUUAAGAAGGAAGACUUCAGCGAAUGCUUGAAGAAAAUUGAUGCUAUAAAGCAAUGUGGAGAUAUAAAAGAAUUCAUGAAAUGUAAAAUUUUAUUCACUAAAGACUAAUGAUUAUAAAGCAAUACAUUUUUCUUUUGAUCA